AUGCAAUUCGUCUUGAAGGCGAAGACUCCUAGGUACGAAAAGGUCAAAAGUCGACAGGAGCUGAUGCUUGGUAUACGGUUUCGAGGACCGAAAAUGAAUCUUCCUAGAAAUCAGUUCAAAAGUUUAAAAGCCAAUCAAGUAAGCGUUCGGGUUACCACCAUGGAUGCGGAACUGGAGUUCGCAAUCCAGUCAAACACGACGGGUAAACAGUUGUUCGACCAGGUUGUGAAAACAAUUGGACUCCGAGAAAUUUGGUACUUCGGUCUGCAGUAUACUGAUAGCAAAGGAUAUGUCACCUGGCUGAAACUAAACAAGAAGGUUCUCGGUCAGGAUGUGAAGAAAGAGCGUUUGUUGCAGUUCAAGUUCCGUGCCAAAUUCUACCCUGAAGAUGUUUCAGAGGAGAUCAUUCAGGACGUUACGCUGAAACUGUUCUAUCUCCAAGUGAAGGAAGCAAUUUUAUCUGAUGAGGUGUAUUGUCCUCCGGAGACGACCGUUCUUUUGGCCAGCUAUGCGAUGCAAGCGAAAUACGGCGACUACUGUCCCGACGUUCACAAAAAGGGUUGUCUGUUGAACGAGAAGUUCAUGCCCGACCGUGUUCGAGAGCAGUACAAGUUGACGAACGACCAGUGGGAAGAACGAAUCGUCACUUGGUGGUCAGAACACAAGUGCAUGAUGAAGGAAGAUGCGAUGAUGGAAUACCUGAAAAUUGCCCAGGAUCUUGAGAUGUACGGCGUUAACUAUUUCGAGAUCAAGAACAAGAAAGGUACCGAACUGUGGCUUGGCGUUGAUGCACUUGGCUUGAACAUCUAUGAGAAAAAUGACCGACUGACGCCAAAGAUCGGAUUUCCAUGGAGCGAGAUACGCAAUAUUAGUUUUAACGACAAGAAAUUUGUGAUAAAGCCGAUCGACAAGCGGGCCCCGGACUUUGUGUUCUACGCUCCUCGCCUACGCAUCAACAAGCGCAUCUUAGCGCUGUGCAUGGGCAAUCACGAGUUGUACAUGCGCCGUCGAAAGCCGGACACGAUCGAGGUGCAGCAAAUGAGGGCACAGGCUCGCGAAGAACGACAGCAGAAGGUCGCUGAACGCGAGCGCCUGCAACGCGAGAUUUCAGCCAGAGAGGCCGCCGAAAAGAAACAGAGGGAAUACGAAGACAAAUUGCAUGAGAUGCAAGAGGAAAUGCAUAGGGCCCAAACAGAUUUGAUCGAAGCUCAAGAUACCAUCAAACGUCUCGAGGACAGUUUGAGGGAGGUGAAAGAUGCGCAAGCAGACUUGGCUCGUAGGGAAGCCGAACUGCAGGAAAUGACUAAACGGCUGGCGGAGGAAAAAGAGAUGGAAGAAAAGGAGAAAGAAAAACUUGCCGAAGAAAUCCGCCAACGCGAAAGUGAGAUCGAAAACGUCCGGAAGGAGGUUGAAGAGAAAAAUGAACAGACUCGUCUCCUGCAGCAAGAGGUUGAGGAAGCGCGCCUGCGACAGCAGGAGGCCAGCGAAGCUCUGCUACGUGCGACUACCGAAGCAAUGCAACACAACAAGAUGCAUAAUGUGUUCGAGCACGAACAGUUGGAGGAAAACGAUACGGAGCAAUUGUCGAACGGUGACGUCAGUAAGUAUUUAUCCUUUCCGUUUGCCUUAUUGUCGCAGUUAGUGACUACCAACCCAAAUCUUAAUGUUAAUCAGAUUGAAUUGACCUCGGACGAAAUGGCUAAUGUUCCUCAGUGGGAAAUCGACCGGCAGACAGCCGUAGAACGUGAUACCGGUAUGAAAAGUCGAUUAGAGGCUCUGAACGCUGAUUUGGAAACGAUGCGCGACCAAAACAAAAUAACGCAGUACGACGUAUUGCACAUGGAAAACAAACGAGUCGGUCGCGACAAGUACAAGACUCUUCGGCAAAUCAGAUCGGGCAAUACCCAACGAAGAAUAGAUCAGUUUGAGAACAUGGUUUAA